AGUGGUUUGCGCGAAGAGCCUAUAACAGUUGGAGUCGGUUUGUGUGACAGUCUGACAAACGCUGGAGUGCUCCAGUGACAAGCUGGGAUCUGCUGGCUGACGCGACAGAAAGUAAUCUCCCUCCACUAUGUAUCACCUGAGGGUGCCUGUGCUUCUCCUCAUGCUGCUCGUGUUGCUGCGCUGCGUCGCCGCAGCCCCGAGCGACAGGUACUUCAGUCCCAGCUCAUCCAGCGAGCGGGAAAGUGGCCUCCCAGAUGGUGGCGGCUGGUUAGCUCCGGGGCUAAUCUCCAACUCUUUCCUCGGCCUCCUUGGUACGCGACCGCAGAGGGGGCUCAGAGCGAUGAACAGCCACCACAGAGAGAAAAGAAAAUGCAACACGGCCACCUGCGUCACCCAAAGGCUAGCGGACUUCCUGGUCCGCUCCAGUAACACCAUCGGCACCAUCUACGCACCCACCAACGUGGGAUCGGGCACCUACGGCAAGAGGGACCUCCUGCAGCCUCGCAGAUUCCUGCCUCUCUAGAGCCCGCUGAGCGCUCUGAUGAUGUAACCGCACAUCUUAUGUAACAGUGAUUGUGAGAAUGACGUGACUAAUGGUGACUUUGGAAAGAGUGCCUUUUAAUUUAAAACGUCAAAGUGAAUGCGUGUUCUUUCUUUCCUGACUGUGUGCGUGUCGUGUUAAUGCUGUUCCACGCUGGCAUGAUGUGAUUAUAUAAAGAUACAUGAAGGAGAAUAACAAAACAAUAAAUAGAAGAAAAUAGAUGUAAAGCCAUA